AUGGUGCAAUUGCCAAAUGAGAUUCUAGAAGAGAUUCUUUGUCGAUUGUUUGUUAAGUGUCUGUUCCGUUUCAGAUGUUCCAAACCAAGAGAAACCUUAGGCAUCCAAAGGAAGAAUAAUGAUCUCUUUCGUGAGGAUUUUGAUUCCCUCCAUGACAAUGUUCUUCAACGGGUGUUGUUCAGUUCCAUUACAUUGACGAUUCAAAAUUAUGGACGUGUGCCUAAAUGUUCCUGUGAUGGCUUGAUUUGCAUGGCAAAUCCCGGUCGCAUUCAACGUAUUGGUUUUUGGAAUCCUUCGACCAUAAGGCAUUAUGGACCUGCACCUUGUUUUGGUGAUUGCUUGAUUUGCAUGCCAAAGAUCCGUGCCAUUGACUAUGUCUUCUUGUGGAAUCCAUCAACCAGAAAGUCUAUACAACUCCCUUACGCAUCAAUAGAAAUCGCAAACCAGUUUGAAAGAAAAUUCAAUGUCAAUGUUAAUUGUGAAUAUCGAAUUGGUUACGAUAGCAUCAAUGACGAUUACAAGGUGUUGAGAAUUGUGAUACUUAUAAGUACAAAUUCAGGCAUCUUGGAUUAUGAGGUUAAGGUUUAUAGUUUGAAAUUAAAUUCCUGGCAUAGGCUAGAGAAGUUUCCUCACUGUCCUAAUUGGGAAGAUCUUGAUUAUCCCAUUGUUGGUGGAGCUUUUCAUUUUAUGUCAAUUGUGAAAUCAGAUUUAAAAAGUGAAAGCUUGAUUGUUGCAUUUGAUCUUGGGACGGAAAAAUGCAGAGUACUCCCACAACCAGAGUACCGCGGUCCUCAUUUAAAUAUAUGUUUGAACAAUUUUGAAGGAUGCCUUUCGUUAAGUUGUAAUUACGAAUCAUCUAUUGUAGACGUGUUUUUGCUGAAAGAAUAUGGUAGGAAGAAUGAACAUUGGUCGAGAUUGAUUACACUGUCACCAACUUUUCAUUUGAAUCACUAUUUAACACCUAUUGCUUAUUCAAAUAGUGGUAAGAAAGUAUGGUUGGACAUGGGAUUUAUUAAUAAAUUUGUUUCGUAUAAUUUAGAACAGAAGUCAGUUGAGGAGAUUGGGGUUUACGAUACAAGAUUAACUAACCUCCUUUACACUUGCCUUGAAAGUCUUGUCGAUGUUCCAGCGGCAAGUAACGAUCUUAGAAAACUUGGACACGGCUACGUGGGAUUUUUCAAGAUAAUUGUCAUUCUCGUAUGGUUUCCCUCGAGUAAGAGUUUUCCACCGCCAUCAUGGCGAUUUUCCCGGGGUUUCGGCUUAUUGUCAAUGUCUCAAAGUCCUGGUCGAUCAGUUGAAGGGCGUUAG